AUGUUGUUUUCAAUAGAGAAGGGACAGCAAACAGACCAUAAUUAUCAAUUCGGCCAGCAGCAGAGCCUAGAGUCGAGUCUGUCUCCAUCGGCCGAUCAGGGCUACCAGAAUCUUGCCGGUCUCGGUCUCGAUGCCAGCUCGCCACCACCCAACAACAGCGCCUUCGUGCCCACUUUCGACUCCUCAAACACAGCGCAGCAUCAACAGACUCAAGGUCAAGAGCACACCGGCGCGCAGGCUCACCGUGAGCAUUGGUAUCUCGAGGAAGUUGCUGCAGCGCAGCAGCGUGAUGAAAAUACUCGGCGUCUCAUUCCGUCCGGCUCUUCGGUCGUCGCCGCUGCGUCUGGGCCAUGGCAUGAUACCGGCGACGGCAUCUUUGGCCCCAUGUCGCCCGAAAGCUGGCCGGAUGGCGACAACGACUUCCAAACCGUCCUCUCUUCGCUCGCCGGUAGCAACCGAGCCUACUCUAAGUCGCCAAACAACUCCUUGAACUCCGGCUACGCCCCGCCGCCCCAGCACCCCCUUCCCUACCUCCAACCCUACGACGGCGUCAUCUCCAAUGUCAACCCCCAUAGAUAA